AACAAACAUGGCGGCGGUCAGUGCAGCGCGGUGCUUAGUACGAAGCUACUCUCGGGCGAAAAAUGUUCAAAGGAGUAAACAGAUGCUGGUUAGAUGUAGUACCAGGACAUUUUGCAGUGGAACACAAGAUGACGCUCUCCCAGACAAGACAAAGCCCCAGUUCACAGAUCCAGAUGUGCAGGACAUCCUCACCAGGAUAACGGGCAUGGACGUGCAGAAAGUUUUCCGCCCCAUAAAGCAGGAGCUGAAGCCACCCACAUACAAACUCAUGACUGAUGGACAACUGAAGGAGGCCCUGGAGGCAGCCACUGAACAGGCAAAAAAGCUGCUGCAGAUGCCCCCUGUUCUGCCGGAGAGAAGACCCAUAGAUGAUGUACUGUCAGAGGACAAGAUCCUGGAUGGCAUGGACACAGCCAAAUAUGUUUUCACAGACAUCACUUACAACAUUCCACACAGGGAGAGGUUCAUUGUUGUAAGGGAGCCCAACGGCAUUCUUAGGAAAGCCACGUGGGAUGAGAGAGACCGGCUUACUCAGGUCUACUUCCCUAAGGAAGGACGCAAACUAACGCCUCCUCUCAUCUUCAAGGAAGAGAAGCUUAAGAUGGUGUUUUCCCAGGACCGUCACGAGGAUGUGUUGGACCUGUGUCAGGUCCAAUUUGAGCCAGAUUCUUCAGAAUACACCAGAGUGCAUACUGCCACUUACGAGGACUUGGACAAACAUGGCAAGUAUGAGCUUCUGCGCUCCACCAGACACUUUGGAGGCAUGGCCUGGUACCUGGUGAAUGCUCGAAGAGUGGAUGGCCUUGUAGUGGACAUGCUGAAGAGAGAGCUGCUCCAGGAUGCAGUGAGUUUAGUAUCUCUCUUCCACAUGGUCCAUCCUCACAGUGAGUCGGCACAGGAAGCUGCCAGUCAGCAGGCCACCGGCACUGACCUGCUCAAGAUCUAUGCCCAGAAGGAAUCCCAGAGGUCAGGUUACAUUGAGCUGGCCCUUCAGGCAUAUGAACUGACAGCUGAGAAGAGCUCUGCUGCCUGAUGAGCCUACACGUAACAGAGAAAUAAGAAUUGAGAAUAUAAGUGGUUCCUCAGUGAAGGAUGGGAGCCCAGAGGGCAGACUGACAUUUACCUCAUCAUUAAUGUGAUAGCUUUCUGUUCUUUCAUCAUUUGGGUCAAAGGGUAAAAUAUGCUUCAUGGAAGAAGCUAUGCACAUCACAUGCCAUCCAUUUGGAGAAUUUGCAUUGAUAAGUGUAACUGACAUGCAUUUCAUGUGGAGCACUGAGUCAAAGUUAAUGUGUCAAGUUAAAUGAUGUACAUAACAAGAUAAGAGAUCUUUUUACUUGUGUUAUGUGGUUAGUCAAACAUGUAUAACAUUAAAGUCUUUACUAAAAAA